UAUGGUUCAUGAAUAGCUUCUCGUAACGCGCUGCGAUUUUCGAUAAUGUGUAUAGAAAUAAACAUUACGACGAGAGUAAUUUGAAUUGUUUGUGAUUAUUCAUAUGGUAUAAAACGUGUAAAAUGUGUGUGUUUAAUGAUAUAAGUGAUAAAAACCAACUACAAGGAUUUUGAUAUCACGAUUCCUCGCUCUGCGAAGUGACGCCAUUUUACGGGAAUGACCAGCCCGCGGCUGCCUCACAGUGAGCCUGAUGUAAGAAGCGCCCUAUCCAAACGGAUGCAUGGAAACGAAUCUGUAUUGUUACACUCGUACUGGACGUACGAUUCCAGAGAAAACUAUGGAAGAUGGUAAUAUUGCCAAGACGAAAGACGAGAAAACUAUAUCUACUUCAUUGGCAAACUUAUACAAUCAACAACCCGCGAGAUUGACGGCAAAUGGGCACGACAUCGCUGGUGAGCAACCGAGUCCGCCCGCGGAGCCUUACGACCAGUACAGAUCUACGCCCGACGCUACACAGGACGACAAAGUUAGAAAACGGAUCAAUCCCUUGCGAAUACAUCUUGGCAAGAGGCCAUUUGUUGAUAACAGUCCCCAGUACUAUGUUGCAAGUAAAAAAAAGAAAUCAUUUGUGACCAAGUCUAGUGAAACAAGUACGUCUGCAGUACCUAGAGUACCAAAACUCAUCCCAAAACGAGUAGAUCGAAGUAGAUUUCACAAUGUUUCAUCACAAGCAGAGAAUAGUAUGGACAAUGAGCGGGACAAACCUGUACCACGUCUUGUGCCUAAAAGCCAAUUGCUACAGUUCCAGAAGGGUAAGGCUGAAAAGGGACCCCAGUUGAAGGAAUAUGCCCAAAAUCUAGGUCUACAGCCAAUGGUAAAGUUUAAGUGCCGUAAGUGCUGUUCUAUGUCAUUUAAAACCCUUGCAAUGCUGAAGGAGCAUCAACUGGUGUGUCGGGCACAAGCAAAAGAACCUGCUCUGAGUCCUGAAGCAGCACCUAGUACAGACACCAAUUCUGGGGGCCCAUCGAGAGUGACUCGUAAAGUCUACCUGUGUUCAGCUUGUGGCACAUACUAUGAGAACUGGAACCUCUUCUUGCAUAUGCGGGAGGUCCACAACAGGCACAUAUGUUUGUUUUGUUUGGGAAUGUUUUCCAAAGCUGAAAAAUUAUCAUCACAUCUGACCAAUAAACACAAUGUAAAAGAAUUCAACUAUGACAGUAAAGAAGAUUUCUUCAGUGUAUAUAGCGGGACUUUGUACCUGAUGUGUUGUGUGUGUGACGAAAUAUGCAGUGAACAGGAUGACUUUUCCAAUCAUGACUGUAAUAAUGUUAUACCAAGACCUGUGCCUGUACUUGUCAGUAAAAAUGCAGUGAAAUCAACUAGUGUCAAACAAAAUAAAAUUAGUAAUGAACUAUUAAUAAACGGUCCUACAAACAUUGUAAAAGAACCAUUAAAAGCUAUUAGUGAUAAGAAAGAAAUUAGUGAAGUGAAAUCUGACAUAAUAUCACAAUCACAGAAAGCACCAAUAGACUUGAGUGAAAGUGAACUUGGAAGCAGUGAUACAAGUAUUAAUUCAGAAAACUCUACAAUAACCAACAAAGAUGCAUUAAAUAAUAUAAGCUGUGGUAUGGAGAAGGAGAAUUCAAUGUUACAAUCUUCAGAGAGUCCUGUACAACAUACUGAACCUAUCCCAGAACUCCAUAACAACCAACUUCCAAACGGUGAUGAGAGUUUAGAACAUUCUGAUGGCAAUGAAUCUCCAAACAAUGUAGACCUGGCUCCUGAGAAUUUGGGUCCUGUCACACCUGAAGUACCUGUAUGUCCACCAGUUGAGGGUGGUAUAAAAUUGAAACUUAGCUUAAAUAAUGCCAAAUCGCCUGUUAUUAUAAAUUCUACAGUAGAUCCUACUGUAGGCCAGCAAAAUGCGUAUAAGCCACCCACAAGGGUCAGGAGACCCCCAAAACGAUAUGAAAAGGAAAAAUCUGAGCAGUCAACUCUGCCCAGAACCCCUACUAUCAAAAUGACGAUAUGUGAUAAAGCUGACAAUUCAUUUGUGAAAACUACAAUAUUUGAAAAUAAUCAAGAGACCACCUUGUAUUCUAGAGACAAUAGCCAAGACAGUACUCUUAGAACUCUGUUAAAUAAUAAUUUGGAGGCUCUUCCCAAAACACCAGAAAAUAGACCUGAAAACAUGAUCAAAUCAACAAUAUAUGAUAAUAAAAUUGAAGAAGACAAUUCAUUAAACAGGGUACCAAAGUUAACAGUGAGAGUUCCUAAAGAACUUUUGGAUAAGGAUUCGUCCAGUGAUUAUUCAUCAGACAGUGAUGUUAGUGAUAAACUUACUGUAGAUGAAAAUAAUGUUACUAUAGAAGAACCAGAUAGAAAUGUUAAAGAAUUGUCACUAGAACCACAACCCACUGCACCACCAACAGAAGAAGCUAAGGAAGAAACCACACCCACAAUUGAUGAUAAAGUACAAAUUACAGAUGAAAUCAUAGAACCUAAAACAGAACUGAAGACUGAACCAAUGGAAGACGAUAUUAAAGUUGAUACAACAGCAGAAGAAGGUCCCGUGGCUGAGGAGUUGCCAGUAACUGAGCUCACGUUAGAUAAACCCUUGGAUAAAUACCCACUGAAAGAUUUGUUGAAAGUGUUUUUGACAUCUACUGUAUAUAGUUGUAUUUACUGCAAUCAUGCUCGAAAAAUUGCAGUUAACUGUGAGCAACUUGCACUCCAUAUGGUGGCUGAACAUCGCUUCUCUGCUACUGUGGAUAGCAUCACUGCAGAAGAACUCAUGCCAGAGACAAUCACUGCUAAAGUUAAGGCUGGUGCUGAAGAACUGAGCUCAGUCUACAUGAAUCUGGAAUCUUACGACAGUGAAGUUAAAAGUGAAGAAGUGCCGUAUGAUCAUCUCUUUGAAUGUUUUCAAUGUUACUUCAAAACUGCUGUUCACAAAGAUCUCUAUUUACAUAAUCGCAAAAUGCAUCAGAAAACUAUAUUAUUGUGUGUUAUGUGUAAAUCUAAUUUUUAUAGUUAUAGUGAGUUAUUAUGCCAUUUAUGCCCUGGAGCAUAUGAUUCUGAGUACGAAAUUAAGUUUAGAUGCUGUUUGUGCAACAUAGACACUAUACCCUCAUCAUUUAGACUUAUGGUACAUCUUCGAAAAAUACACCAUACAUGUGAUGUAUGUCUGGAAUUUUGUCUUAAUCAAGCACGACUCUCCAAUCACGUUUGGAAACACAAACUCCACCAUCUCUGCUAUCGUUGUGGUAUUGCUUAUAGAAAUAAACCUGAUAUUACUAAUCACUUAUUUUGGAAACAUGGUACACAAAGUGUACAGUGCAAAAGAUGUCUGCAAAAGAAAUGGCCGCAUGUUUACCACUUCUGCACACCUCCUGCUGUCUUUGUUUGCGACGAGUGCAGUUUACAAUUCACAAAAGCAGUUUGCUUGAAAGUGCAUAAACGGUUUCAUUCAGAAGAGUUUCCCCAUGCAUGUACAGAAGAGGACUGCACUUUAAAGUUUGUUUCUAAAAAACUUCUUUCAAAACAUGUAGAAAUUCAUAAAAAGAAAAUGGUGAUUGAAGAUCUAAGCGAAGAGAAGCCACUAGCCGUUAAUGAUUUGCCAAUGGAAAUACCUAAAGAACCUAUUCCUGUUAUAGAUUUGGUUGAUGAUAAUGAAAAGCCACAGGAGGGAACAGAGGUAAAAACUGAGGCUGGAACUGAUCAGUUAUCGAAAAAGUCUAAGAAAAAGAAGCUAAAAGACAAAGAUGCACUAUUGCUAGAUGUGAAUCUACCAGAACUGAAUUUAUCAGAGAGCGAUAGCAGUGACGAAUCUGAUAGCGAAAAGCCACCACUUCCACUCAAGAAGGAAGAUGAUCCAGAUGAAAAACCGACAGAAGAGGCAAAGCCCACUACAGAAUCUGAUAUAAAACCAGAUACAGUGAAAAAUGAAGAUGUGAAUACCCCUCUAAAUAAAACAGAGGACACUAAAAUAGAAGAAUUACCAGAAGACGAAAAGCCCAAUGAACAAAAAGUACUUGAGAUAUGGGAUAAUUUCAAAAAGUAUCAGGAAAAAGUUGAGAAACCAAAAGAAAAAACUCCCCCAUUGGUUCCUAUAAGGAAGCACGUGUGUGAAUCUGAUCACGACUAUUGUAUAAUUCCUACUGAUCUAAAUGGCGAUGAUGAUAUCUUUAAUUUAGAUAAAAAGAAAAGCAAAAAGUCGCCUAGAAAAAGGCAUGAUGGGCUGUCAUCUUCAAGUAGCAGUAGUAGCGACAGUGACUCAAGCUGUUCCUGUGGUUCAAACUGCAGUUGUUCAUCGAGCAGUGGAUCUUCGUCAUCGAGUUCUUCUGAUUCAGAUUCCUCAGAUGAAUCUGGAAAUGAAAAGAAAAAAAUGAAGCAACAGAAGAAAAAAAUUACAAACAGACGAUUAAGUGACGUUGAUGUGACAGGUGCUUCUGAAACACCUAUAUUAAUUCCUGAGAAAGUAGAGCCUCCAAUUGCAGAAACAGAUUUGGAAACUGAUGAAAGUGAAACGGAUGAAGAGUUUUAUGAUAAGCACCCACAAAAACUAGCCAAUAAAAUGUACGCAGAGAAACGAAAUCAAUUGAUGCUUCUUGCGUCCGUGGCGCCGUCAGAUGGCGGGUCCAUUUCUGGAGAGGCUAGUAGACCUAUGACGCCUCUAACCGAAAAAGGGCCUAAAGAAGAGAAUGAACAUAAAGAAAAAUCGUCUAGUAGUAAAAAGAAAAAUAAAAAGAAGAAAAAGUCUAAGUCUAAAAGACAUGCACCUAUAAAAAUAAACAUUCCUAAAGAAGUUAUAGCUAAACCAGAACUAGAGGCACCACCACAUCACACACCACAGCAGCCUUUGGUACCAAAUAAAAUAACAAUAUCUCUACAAUCAAAUACAGUACAUAUACCAGAACCUGCUCCAGUUACACCGGUAACCACAUAUGCUACUACUCCCUCUACUAUUAGUAGUGAAAACAAGCGUGCUUCGAAAAGAAGACGAGUACCGAAUAAGUUUUAUGGCUACUCGAGUGACGAAGACACUCCACAUACUCCAACUGUAACAACAGCUUUGAAGCCUCAGCAACCUCCAAAACUGGAAUGGAGGAAAGAGGAUUUGCCGUCUCCUGGGACGCAUAAAGCUAAAAAGGAAAUACCAUCGACUAUUCUUCCGUCACAGAGGUUAUAUAAUUAUUCUGAAUCAAUUAGAUUAACUGCACCAAUUCCGGAUCCGGAACCUCCAAAAAUCCUUAUGAAUUCUGAAUCGAUGGAGUCAAGUGAUUCAGAUUCGAGUGAUGAAGGAGGAUUGGAAAUUUACCAGCCUGGAAGCGUGCAAGCUCCUGUACCAAUACCACCGCCGAGCUAUCUGAACUCCGGCACGUCCAGUUUACCGUACCCAUUCCAACGCCCUGCAGUCCGGCAGGCGCGGGAGGGCGAGAGUGUGUACUGCUACUGCCGGUGCCCUUACGACGAAGUGUCGGAGAUGAUCGCGUGCGACGCCGAGGGGUGUCCCAUCGAAUGGUUCCACUUCGAGUGCGUCGGUAUUAUGGUACCGCCUAAAGGCAAAUGGUACUGCCCUGAAUGUAGGAAAAAUCAAACAUUUUCAGGUUACAGAUAAGUCUAUUCAAAAAACACUUGUAUAUAACCUGCUGUAUUGUUAUCUGUAUAUAAUUUAUUGAUGAUUGUAGAUAAUUUAGCUUUACUUGUAUAUCUGUAGGUAGACUGUAUAAGAUUUAGGUUACUAGGUCUGAAAAAAAUGUAUCAUUGUUAUAAAAAGUACAUGUUACAUGCUUGAUACCGGCUGUGCGGCCAACUCUGUAACCUGGCAAAUUGUUACUGACUUUAAACCUAUACAGCUAAACGGAAAUAUAAAUCCGAUUUUUGAUACCAA